CAGUGUGGCCCCAGAAGUGCCACCUGUGAGUGCUCAUCAGUGCCAGUGCCCAUCAGUGCCACGUGCCAGUGCCCAUCAGUGCCACAUCAAUGCCACAUAUCAGAGCAUACCAGUGCACAUCAAUGCCACAUAUCAGAGCAUACCAGUGCACAUCAAUUUCCACAUAUUAGUGCCCAUCUGAGCUGCCUUUCAAUGUCACCCAUCAGUGCCAGUCAGUGCCACCUAUCAAUGCCAAUCAGUGCCACCUAUCAGUGCUGUCAAUCAGUGUCGCCUAUCAGUGCCAUCAGUGCCGCCUAUCAGUGCCAGUCAGUGCUGCCUAUC